AAAAAAAAAAACAUGUUAAUAAGGUGCAUUAUAAUAACCACAAGCUGAUGACUUAAUAAGUUACCUGGAUCAAAAUAAACUGAAAACAUUCAGGGUUGAUCCAAUCGUUCAUCCAAUCCCAAGUACAUGUCCUUCCCCCUUCUCUUUUCAGAUGGGUUAGUGCAGAAGGGCAGCGUGUUACAUGCAGAACGUAUAAACACUAUUUAAUCCUUAACCUUGAUUUAACCUAGUUUUUUUUGUUUGGAAAGGAAGUCAGCAAAGGAUAUGCUGCAGUCACUGAUGAAUCUGUGAAAGGACACUCUUUAGCGCCAUGUAUGCAGCCUUUGUCUUAGGAUUUUCAUUAAUAAAGAGAAGUUAGCUGAUGUGUAAAUUGUGUGUGCAGCUCGUAUGAUAGUUUUCAACUUUUGAUUUUACGUGAAGACUUACUUAUGUUGCCAUUUGCUAAAGGUGUUCCUUUUGCUGUUUCCCAGAAUAAUUCAGAAUCACUGGUAUUCCUGACAGAAUGAGACACUGUCUGGUAUUGAUCUGUUCUGAGUUCCAGUUUUAUAACCUUACCUUGCACAAACAAAGGAGAUUGGUCACUAGAAUGUGGGAGCCCUGCUGGGAAACAAAGAGUUAAUCUAAAUGAAUCUAUAGUCUGAAUGCUGCGUUGGUUGCUGUGAAAUACCAAAAGGGCCAUUGUUUAUAAUGUAGCUGCAUCUGAAGAAGUACAAAGUGGCUUUGUGUCAUGCUGACUAACAACAUAGGGCAUCAUUUCAUGGUACGUCAAGCAAUGAUUCCAAGAAACCUGAAACCGUUUCCCUACAUUUCUGGCAACAGAAUGUUGUCGGGUUACAAACCUAAAAGCAACAUCAAGGACUCUUACAAAAUUCUUGAGCUUGAGGAAGGAUGUUCCCUUGAUGAUAUCAGAAACUCAUAUCGAAGUCUUGCCAAAAAAUACCAUCCAGACAGCGGUUCUGCCACAGCUGAUUCUGAAGCAUUUAUGAAAGUAGAAGAAGCAUACAGAGUUGUGCUCAGUGAUGUGGCGACAAAAAAGAAAUCAAGUGAGAGUAAUGAAGAGGAGGAAGAUCAGUUCAAAUCAAAAGCACCACAGCAUAGACACUACUUGAGUUUUGAAGGCGUUGGUUUUGGAACACCAAGCCAAAGAGAAAAGCAAUACAUGCAAUUUCGAGUAGACCGUGCUACCGAGCAAGUGUUGGAGUACCGGAAGCAAAGACUUGAAAGCCAGUAUGCUGCGACUGACCUAAUGAAAGCCAAAGAUGUAAGGCAGAGCAAGAAGGUGAAAAUAACUCAGGCAGUUGAGCGGUUGGUUGAGGACCUCAUCCAGGAAUCGAUGGCAAAAGGAGACUUUGACAACCUCAGUGGCAAAGGAAAACCUUUGCAGAAAUUUUCAGACUGUCCACAUAUCGACCCUAUGACUCACAACUUGAACAGGAUUCUAAUAGACAAUGGAUACCAGCCAGAGUGGAUCCUGAUGCAGAAAGAAAUACGGGAAACUAUUGAGCGGUUAAGGAAGAAUAUAGUGGCAUCUAGAAGUAAGCUUGGAGGGCCAAUGACACCAUAUAGGCAAAAGCAAUGGAAUCAUAUCUGUGAGCAAUUUAUAGAAGAUAUCAGGAAAUUAAACAAAAGAAUUGACAACUUCAAUUUAGUUGUUCCUAUUCUGAGCAGACAAAUGGUGCACUUCAGUGCAGACAAAGAAAUUGUUCGAGCACAAAAGACUUAUGAAGCUUUGAUGGAAAACAGAGAUGCUUCUAAUUCAGACACAAAGGAAAAUGAAGAAGAAAAAGUUAAAAGCUUUGGGUGGAAGUCUUCUCUAUUUAAGUGGUUAAACCUUACACUGAAAUAAGCUAAUACUAAUUCAUCUGUCUCAUCAAGAUUUUGAAUGCACUUUAUUAAUUAAACUUGUAGCACUAGAGAAAUUUCAGGUACACUGAAAAUGUAAAAUCCAGCUGUCCACUCUUACACCAGUUAAAAAGAAUUCGGUUGUCUGAUGUGCAUUUGCAGGUGC